UCCGGGCGCGUUACCUCAACAGGACGUCACUAGGCGAAACCUCCUCCCUGCCUGUUUCUGUAAAUCUCGACCCCCUUGGAGUUAUUUAUAGCGCAGAGGACCGCCGACAACUAACGUAAUAGCAGGAUCAAGAGCAAGGAAAGGAAAACGCGAAAAAAGACAAGACGGCAACGAGCGUCGGUCAUUACUUUUGAUGAGAAAGCAAUGGAAGUUGAAAUUAAUAUAGUGCUUUAUGCGCUAGCGAUACUGAUCCGCGCUUCUAGUUUUGGAGGUCACUGCAGUGAGAUGCCAGAAACUACCAGCCCUAUCCUCCACCUGACAGAAGCUGGGUCCACUCCCACUCUUCCACCCUCAACUUUCCCGGUACGAGGGAGCACAGAACCUGACUCCUUCACCAGCGCUUCCACGCACUCCAGCAGCCCGGCUGCCAUGGAAAGCAUCGCUGUGAGGGUCAGCAGUAUGACCGUGGUGCCCUCUCUCAUUACCCAUGAGCCUGCAGGCCUGGGUGGGACAGCCACACCACAGCCAGAGAUGAAUGUUUCUCAAGAUACCUCCAACAUAAGCAGGUUGCCCACCCCAGCAAACGGCGUCAUCCAUAAAGAGGGUGCCCGCCCCACUUCGGCCACUUUCAGCACGCUCAUACCCAUUUCCCAGAAUUCCACUCAUGCUACCACUGCUUCAGCACCUUCCCCCCCCAACGUGUACACCCUGCUCACCCUGGCUCCUACUUAUCCCCACCCACCGGCCUCCACAUCUGCUCCAGCCUGGCUACAUGUGGAAGACCCAUCUGAGCUCAACGUAGGAGACGACGUGCCGGUCCUGGUCCGCUCCAGGCCACCCCUGGACCCACUCUUUGCUGGUCUGCUGUCUGUGUUCAUCGUGAUCGGCUCCAUCGCUUCUCUCUUCUUCUUCCUGAAGUUCCGGAACAACGGACGCCUGGAGUUCCAUCGACUGCAGGACGUGCCGAUGGACGACAUGAUGGAGGACACGCCCUUAUCCAGGUACAGUUACUGAUGGGAUGUCAUGGCGCCAGUGAUGACAAGCAGACUGCAGUGCUCACCCAUCUCGUCGCUGAGCCUUUGACUUGGUGAUGCCUCAAAAUGUACAUACUCAGUAUGUCCAGAAAAUUCUGCAGCCUUUCAAGCACUUUAUUUCUUCUGUAUGUUGGUGAAGAUCUUUUAUCAGGUUCCAUCUGGAUUUUUGGGGAAAAAAAUGCAUUUAUUGGGCCACUGGGUACUUGGUACCCCGAUGACGUUCAAAAACCUCAUGAGACGCUCUUACACUCCCCCUAGUGGUGACCUUGAACAUUACAGUGGCAGAUGCACCUCCCUUUGCGCUUACAGCAGAGUGAUAAUACAAAACAUUCACUAGACAUUUUUGUAAAAUGAGUUUCUGUCAGGGCAAAAAAAAUAUGAUGUAACUAUGAUGCAGAAGAUGCUGGCAAAAUAACGUUUGUGGAAAAAUCUGAGUUGCUGAAAUAUCACUCUAAAUUUAUGACAGUUUGCAUGAUGGUAGCUUCUCCUGACCAGAAAUAUGGAUGGAAACUUCAUCAUAUAACUGGUAAAGAUUGUAUAAACAUUCAAACUGAAUUUAGAGUUUUUGUUGGUCUUGCACAGUGUAUUCCAUAAGGCACAGAUUAUGAGCUCUGACUGAAAUGAAUAUUAAUUUUAGUUAUUCAUAUAUAAUAUUCUGUCUGUCCAUUGUUGGAAACAUAACAGACACUUACAUGAGGAAUCCACAUAAAACCAACAGAAGACAAUGGAAUAUUUGAAUGUUGCUUGUUGUGGUAACUGACUGCUUGUUGUAUAGUGCCCAGUUGAAUAACAAUUCAGCAGUUUCCAUGUAGGACACAUCUUGCAGUGCUGGUCACUUUUCAACAAUGUAAAAGCUCCCCUUUGAUAUCCUGGUCAUUUUUGAAGAUGGAAAGCCCACAGUGUAGCUCUGUCCAAAGCCUAGCUUACGGCAUGAAAUAUGCACCAGCCCCUGAUCCACCUCUUGUCCAUUCAAGCGCAUAGGUUCGGCUUCAACAUUGGUAAGGACCAAUUCCCCCACCCCCCUUAACACACACAUGGUACACUCCCACAAUAAUGGUAGAGACGUGUCCCUACCAUCUAUACAAAAUGUACACCUUUGCUUCCGUUCAUAGACGCGUUCCAGUGGCAUGCAAAACCCCAACUCCGAUCGUGAGAUAAACGUGACCCUCACUGAGCUCUUCUCUUAAAACAGGAUGACGUGGAGCUUUAUGUAGUGAUGGAAAAGUGCUGUACCUUUAACUUUUAAUUAGCAUCUGCUGCCAUGACUUUGUGCCGAGUUAACGCCCGAGCAGCGUCCUGUGCCCCUGUGCACGACUCAAAGCUAAGGCACGACGUAGUCGUAAAGUUGGGCCGUUUUUGUGAGGCUCUGAGGCAUAGGAAACUUGAGCUAAUCUAUAUUUUUAAAACUCAGAGUAAUUCAGGGAUUGAACAACAACCGUGGUACAGAGGUAUGGAGCUUUUAAGACAAGUUGAUUGUACAAAUUAGGUAAAAUAUUGAAAUAAAACUUUAUCUGUGAGGCAGAAUCAGACGCAGUGCAUUUCUGUCCCAGUGAUUUAUUUUUCUGAUAGAGCUGUAAGUGCCAAAACGUGUGUUGUACUGUAAAGUUUUUAAAAGGUUACUGUGAGAAAUGAUUAAUAAAGAUUUUUUUGUCACAUUUAGGGAAAAAUCAGUGCCUUUGAUUAGAAUGGGGAAAUACUGCAAAUUUUAUUACAUGUACAACACAAGGGGGCAGCAUUGUUACCUAACACAGUGUUUCCUAACCUGGUAGGGAGCAAAAACAUGGACUGUCUGAGGGUCCGUGAGGACCGGGUUGGAAAACACUGGCCUAAAACCUGCUGGGCUCCUGUGUUUGACGCUGGCCCCUCUGAGAGUGUGUGUGCAGCUCACAUUCUCCCACUGUUGCUGGGGUUUCCUCUGGUUACUGGUUUCCAGUUAGGCGAUCUGGCAUCAUUAAAAUUCCAGUAGUUUAUACGUGAGUGUGUGUAUUCUGCAAUAGACUGGCAUCACAUCUAGGAUGUGGCUUGGACAAGCUUCACCACAACCCUGUUCUAGAUAAAGCAUUUUUUCUGUAUUGGGUAAUAACUGGGAACCUUUAAAAAGAUUAAAGAUGAAUCGCAUUACGGACACAAUGUCCCAUGAUGCCAAGGGUGCAGCCUGGGAGGAGCCAGAUGAGCACGUCAAAUGAGAGCGUCCAAAUUGACGGGUUUGGCCCCAUUACAGAUCCCGUAACAAUAUAAUGUUUUUGUUUUUAUUGCUUUCACAUUCAGGCAGGUACGUAACAGUGUUUUUGAACAGUAUUGCCAGGGCAUUGCCCCUUUCCCCUGUAGCAGGGAUGUGGGGGGUUUGGCAGCCCGUCUGAGAAAGUCUGGCAGCACUAAUUUAGAGUGGCGUAAUAAGAGCAAUGCGGAAAUAUUUAUUAACUCCAGGCCAAGAUGAAUUCUGUUUGAUAGCUAACGGGUUCGGCAGGGGGCCAUUUCAAACCCAGAGUUACAUAUUUUAAUGUGAUUUACUUUGAUUGAUUUAGGUUGUCUGGAACUGAUAAAAAGUGUUGUGUUCCUCAGCGAUUCUGCCAGUUAACUAGCUUGUCUAUCUAUCUACAGCACCCUCUACAAUUUUUGGCGUAAAAAUUUGUAAAAAGGGUUACAAAAAAUCCACCUUUUAUUGAAGCAGCUUCAUGUCACACUGAAAAAUUGAGAAAAAUCCAGCCAACAUAAAUUUACUGAAAGAAAAACAAAUCCUUCAUCAAGAAAUAAUUAAUUUCAACAUAAAUACAUGUGGCACGACACAGUUCCUAAAAGCAGCCCUGCUUUUAAUACUUUGUACAACCUCCCAUAGCCAGUAUAACAGCACUGAGUCUUCUCCUAUAACAUUGUAUAAGGUUGGAGAAUACCUCUUUACAGAAUCUCUCCAGAUCAUCCAGGGUCCUAGGCGCUCUCUUGUACACUCUCCUUUUCAGCUCAGGCUACAGGUUUUCAAUGGGAUUCAGGUCAGGGGACUGAGAUGGCCAUGGCAGAAGCUUGAUUCUGCAGUCAGCUAACUAUUUUUGUGUUGAUUUGGAAAUAUGCUUAGGAUCACUGUCCUGCUGGAAGAUCCAGUGACAGCCCAGUUUUAGUUUCCUGGCAGCAGCAGCCAAAUUUUGAUUUAAAAUGUCCUGAUAUUUCAUGGAGUCCAUAGUGCCGUGUACCCUAACGAGGUUUCAAGGGUCCUUGGAGGACUAACAGCCCCACAACAUCACAAAACCUCCAUCAUAUUUUGCAUUUGGGAUAAGGUUCAUUUCAUUAUAGCCAUCCGUCUUUUUAUGCCAAACCCACCUUAUGUUUAUUGCCAAAAGGCUCCAUUUUUGUUUCAUCAGACCAUUGAAUUUGGUUCCUGUCAAAGUUGUAGUAGUGUUUCAUAAACUCCAGGUGUUUAAGUUUGUGGUUAACUGACAAAAAAGCUUUUUCUGGCAAACCUUCCAGAUAAUCUCUUAGCAUGAAGGGAGACGUGGUAACCUCAAGAUUUUACUUGGUCUUAUAAUUCACCAGUAUUCAUCCGGUAUAUUUUCUGCCUCUCUUAUGAUCCUCCUCACUGUAUGUGAUAUGUGAAAAAUAAACUUGGACCCCCUUCCAGGCAGGUUUGUAACAGUUCCAGUUGUUGUCCACUUUUUUGUUAUUGCCCUAACAGUAGAAAUGGGCAUUUUAAGGCGAGCAGCUAUUUUUUAAAACCCAUUUCCUGAUUUGACUAAGGUCAACACACUUCUCCCUCAUUCGGUUUGUAUGUUCUCUCAUCUUUCCCAUGUUGAUGGAUGACUAAGGGAAUUUGUUCCCCGUGUCACCUCAUGUUUGUACCCCAGGUAAUCAGGAAGUCAUGGAUUACAGCUUGAAGAUUCCUAUUCACUCCACUCAACUCAAAGAUGUGCAAUUUACAGGGAAACAUCAGUUAUAUAACUUAUAUAUAACAGUUAUAUUGUGUUCACUAUAAUUCCCAGAGGUGCCAAUAAUCGUGGCUCAUGUGUUUUUGUUAAAGAUAAUUAUUUCUUGAUGAAGGAUUUUUUUUCUUGGAAUAAAUUUAUGUUAGCGAAAGGUUGGACACUUAUAACAUUAUAGGAAUAACUGAAACAUGGAUGAGUGACAAUGAUGGAGAGGAAUAUAAUAUGAAUGGUUAUACGUUGUUCUGUAGAGACUGGAUAGGCAAGAAGGGUGAUGGUGUUGCAGUAUACGUAUAAGACAACUUGCAGGAAAGGGAGCUCACUGAUAAAAAUAAAAGUACAGAAGAUAUAUGGAUAAAACUAGAUACUAAAAACUCAAAUGGCCUAAUUGUUGGGGUUUGUUAUAGAGCACCUAAUGUAGCUGCAGAGGAAAGCAGAAUGUUAAAUGAUGAUAUAAGGAUUAUGAGUCAUAAAAAUGAUGUGGUGGUUAUGAGUGAUUUUAAUUUACCUGGGAUACAGUGGGACACAGUCUCUGGCUCUUCUGUAAAUGAACUCAAGAUGGUGGAAUUAGUACAGGAUUGUUUUUUCUCAGUUUGUUAACAACCCUACCAGGGGAGAAGCCCUUCUUGAUCUUGUUUCUCUAAUAACCAAGAUAGGAUUGGAAACUUAGAGGUUUUAGAAAACUAUACAAUGUUAGGAAGGCUAACUUUAAGGGUAUGAGACUGAAAUUAGAAACUGUAAAUUGGAGUUUAAUAGCAAAAUGGUUGAACAGGAAUAGAAUUUUUUUAAAAGCUCAUUGUUGCAAGUGCAAUAGGACUUCAUACUUGUUUCCAGCAGAACUAAAUCUAGGAAACUACAAACAAGGUGGUUCACUAAGGAAAUUAAGAAUAAAGUCAGGAGGAAAAGGGCUCUGUUCCACAAAUGGAAAAUAACUAAUGAUUUCUAAAUAAAGCAAGAGUAUCUAAGUCUACAGGUCGAGUUAAACAAUAACAUUAGAUACUCCAAGGGGAAUGUGGAAAGAAAGAUUGCAUUGGAGGAUGGAUGAAGGAUGACAAUAAAAGUUUCUUCCAAUAUAUUAACUCCAAAAGAGCUCUAAAAGCUGAAAUCAAUAAUCUGCAGGAUAGUAAGGGCCUUAUAAUUGAAAAUGAAAUUGAUAUAGUAAAUGAGUUUAAUGAUUAUUUUACACGGGUGUUCACAGUAGAGAACACAAGUAACCUGCCACCAUUUAGUACAAAUACAGCGUUGUCUAUGACCAAUAUAUGUAUAACUGAGGCUGAUGUGGUACUAAACCUAGCUUAGCUCAAAAUACAUAAAUCACAGGGCCCUGAUGGCAUUUUACCUAUAGUUUUAAAAGAGAUGAGGGAUAUUAUUAGCCAACCUUUAACUGUACUAUUCCAGAAAUCGUUAUCUGCUGGUGUGGUACCUUCUGAUUGGAAGCAUGGUAAUAUAACGCCCAUAUUCAACAAAUGGGAUAGAAGUAAUCCAGCAAAGUAUAGGCCAAUCAGUCUAACUAGCAUUACUGGAAAAAUAAUGGAAGGUAUAAUCCAAGUGAAAAUGGUAGAUUACCUGAAUGCGAAUAACAUUCUGAGGGAUAGCCAACAUGGAUUUAGGAGAGGUAGAUCCUGCUCAACUAAUCUACUUAAGUUCUUUGAGGAAGCUACAAGAGAAAUUGAUCACCAAAAGGCCUACGAUGUCAUCUACUUAGAUUUCCAGAAGGCCUUUGAUGUUGUUUGAUGUUUGAGCUUAAGCUCAAAGCUACAGGGAUUUUAGGAACUGGAGCAGCUUGGAUCGAAAACUGGUCAACUGACAGGAAGCAGCGAGUAGUUAUUAGAGGCACAAUGUCACAGUUGGCCUGCGUUCGUAGUGCUGAUGUUUCAUGCCUGUGCAGGGUGGCCAGGUCUCCAAGCCCGUCUUCUAGUGUAGCUGUUUGACCAGCUCAAACUACAGCUUCUGUGUAAAGGUGAAAGUGCAUCCCCACUCCCCCUGAGGCACCUAGUGGACAGCAGCCCAUAAUUGUGAGGGAAUUAGACACAUCAUGCUUAGUUAGAGUAUUUCCCUUCCUGCUUUGACAUCCAUCUAUCCAUCCAUUUUCCAAACCGCUUAUCCUAUUGGGUCGCGGGGGGUCCGGAGCCUAUCCCGGAAGCAAUGGGCACGAGGCAGGGAACAACCCAGGAUGGGGGGCCAGCCCAUCGCAGGGCACACUCACACACCAUUCACUCACACAUGCACACCUACGGGCAAUUUAGCGACUCCAAUUAGCCUCAGCAUGUUUUUGGACUGAACCGGAGUACCCGGAGGAAACCCCACGACGACAUGGGGAGAACAUGCAAACUCCACACACAUGUGACCCAGGCGGAGACUCGGGUCCCAGAGGUGUGAGGCAACAGUGCUAACCACUGCACCACCAUGCCGCCCCCUCUGCUUUGACAUAAUAAGCGAUUAUAACUUUUUUACAAAUCUUUACAAGGGGUGUGGAGGGUGCUGUAUCUAAUAGAUAUAUAUAUAUAUAGAGAGAGAGAGAGAGAGAGAGAUUGAACAAAGACUAAGUUUAGGACUUUGGUUUAAAUCCAACCAAAACAAACAAACAAAUAAAUGAAUAGAUAGAUCCAUUCAUUAUUUCAAUUAUGUAACUACUUAUUAUGUGCUACUAAGAUUCAAACAAAUAAUUAAACAAUUUUAUAAGACUGUAAGUAGAUAGUCAGUGGUCAAUAAAACUGACUUUUAUUCAGAAUAACACUGAGUGCUUUUUCAGACAUGGUCACUUUUUUGCUGUUGUUUCAGUUUUACGGACAAUUUGUGGCUUUUCUUUGUGGGUGGGGGGAGGAGUCAUUUCCACAUUGUAUAUGUCUGGUUUCCAGUUCUGCCAGUGAGAUUUGGAUGCCUGUGGCCCCACCCAUACCCGCUCUCCCAUCCUGUUCAAGGUGAGUUCCUCUUUCUGAUGAGUCAUGCCUGCAAGUCAGGAACUCCAAAGCAUUAAAGAACUGAAGCAUUCUGGAGGAUGGUGCGUUAUAUCGCAGUGGCCCUAACUUAUCCUUCGAGAAGCAAUUUGAUGAGCUGCUUUGGUUUAGCUGCAGGCCAGAAGUGGCCAGUGGACUCAUCUGGGUCUUCAGUGGAAUCUGAGGAAAACAUCUUGGCUUGGGGCUUAUUCCAGUUCAGGGCCAAACUGUUCUUAUGUCAACACACCCAUGGGGGCGUGGAAGGAAGCUGAGGGAGUUACAAGGCAUUUCACUCUUAAAUAUACUGCAUUAACUUAAUUAAUCACUCAGAUUUAGAAAAUGCAAUCUGCUAGACCUGCCCAGCCACAUGACAUUAAUGUGAGGUGCUGAAAUGAGGGCCCAUUAAGAGACACCCGCCUUAUUGUGACUCAGACCCUGAAGGGCUCUUCGCUCAAGUUCUGCCUGAAAAUGAAAUCUAACAUGGUCUCAAACUACUUCAAGCUCCUGGAUGAGUAGUGACAGACUUUUAAUGUAACGAAUCCUAAGCGAUUUCCUAAUAAACAUGGAGCUUCGAGCCCUAAAACUAGACUUUUAUGCCUCCAUUAGUAUACGAGUCAGUCUCCUUGUUAAGCCCCCAGACACUCAACCGUUUGGAUGAAGAAAAACAACAUACAGUGCCAGGAGUAAUAAAAAAAAGCUGAUAUGAAGAUAUGCAGUCUGGUCUAACAACAAACUAAUGCAAUAUAAUGAGAACAGUUUGCAAGAAAUUUCUGUGCUACAUCAUGUUCUACAGUGAUGCGUGUAGGACAGUGUUUCCCACUGCAGUCCCCAGGGACCUAAAGACGGUCCAUGUGAACUGCCAUCCAGUGAGCUGGGAGGGAGCAAAAACAUGGAACUUCUGUGAGUUCCUGAGGACCGGGUUGAGAAAUACUUGUCUAGGAGACAGUCUGUCAUUGCCGUGACACCCUGUCAGGUGACUGGCCCUGGAGAAGGGAAGGCCUCUCCUGCUCUCAAUUUUUGCAAACUCAUUGUGAGGCAGACAAACCAGAUAACUAGUGUUCCUUCAACAGAAGGAAAAAAAGUGUAGAAACACUUGGACUACUUCCAGAUGCAUGCAAAGGUUAGUGCCUCUUUCCAGUUGAGGGGCGAAUAUCUGCACACCUACGCCCAUGUCGACGUUUCAUGCCUGUGCAGGGUGGCCAGGUCUCCAAGCCCGUCUUCUAGUGUAGCUGUUUGACCAGUUCAAACUACAGCUUCUGUAUCAAGGUUAAAGUGCAUCCCCACUCCCCAUGAGUCACUUGGUGAACAGCAGCCCAUAAUUGUGUGGGAAUUUGACGCGUCAUGCUUAGUUAGAGUAUUUCCCUUCCUAUUUUGACAUAAUAAGCGAUUGUGACUUUUUUUGAUCCUUUAACAUGCCAAUUCCCAGCAGGAUCUACACUUUCUCAGGUCAACAUUGAAACUAAAAGGAUCAAAUAUACUUGAGACAACACAAUGCAAGCCCACUGUACACUCAUAUGCACUGUUAAUUUUCAAAACAGAUGAUAUAUUCUUAUGUGAUCAGGAUGUUUUUCCACUAAAUUGUUUCAACGUUCCAUAAAUGCAUCACCUUUCGAGUCUGGGCAGUUACUCGGCAAGCCUUGAAGUCAUUGUCUGUCCAUCUUAGACAAUUUCAGUAGUGUUACAGUACAUGCUUGUUGACACUUUGUAGGUAUGUUAGCAUAAGUCACUCCAUGACAUCUGUUACGACGCGAUGAUACGGAGAGGAGCAAGUUAUGACACCUACAAAGAAAACACUUCCCCUUUCAUCAGAGUAAUAUAGUUUAUGGCAUUUACAGGCCAAACACACCGUACAGCACUGCAUUUAUUCAGAUCAGAAAUAGUUCUUACACAUGCUUUCCUCUAAAGCAGGCCGGUGCGUAUGCAGGUUUUUGGGGUAACCUUUAAGCCAGCUGUCCAAUUCAGGUGUGAGGACUCUUCAGCCAAUCAGUCCUCUGAUUAGUAAUCUAAUUAGGGAGUUGCAGCGAAAACCCGCAUACACAGUAGCCCUUUCUGGAUAAGAUCGCCUAUUCCUGCUCUAAAGCUUGAGGACACCAGCCAGCCAUUUUUAUAACUGGUCAUCUAACGCAGGAUUUCAACUAUCCUGGAGCCAGUCAAUGGCGACCAGAGAAACGCAAACCCACACGAUUAUGGGACAUAUAUGCAAAGCGCACAUAGAUCAGCAUCAGAACCCCCAACCCCAAAUUGGGAUUUAACAGCUGGGUAGCAAAUGCCUGUUUUAACUAAAAGCACUGUCCUAAUACAGAUAAACCUGUAGCCAUUUUACAGUUAAUGUGACCAGAAUUACCACAAACAUGAGUGUGGCCAGUUUAAAAAUAACACACAGAAUGUUCCACCAUCUUUGGAGGACAUUAAUAUUCCUUCUCUCCCUUAGCUGGAUUCCAAAGGACCGUCUUUGUUUAUCUAGGCCUGUUUGCUCAUGUUGCGCGAAACACAAUAGACACAGAAGCUCGACUCAAAGCUGCAAUCCUGCGGCGCAAAGUCCAACCUACCACCGCCAACGUACAGCGGCCAAAUUCAAAUGAAGGGCAACAUAAGCCCUGCAGGAUGGGAGAUUCCACUACAACCACAGAAAGGAUCUCCAGUUAGGACCUGGACAGAGACAGUGGGGUGAAUACUGACUGCAAGUCCUACAAUUCACAGAGCUAAAUGACUCGUAGAUGAGGUCCACUCUGAAAUAUGCCUUUUAUGGCUAUUCUCAGGUGAAUUACCUUUCUUGAGAUUGUUUUCCUGAUUUUGGAGACAGGAUUCAAUAAAACUUUUACUAUUACAUUGAGAAGGCUGAUAU